ACGAAAUGUUCAUCGCGCGAAGCGGUCAGAUUGUAUAUGCUUAAUUUUAUUGUGUCAAGCGUCAGUCUUGGUGCGGCAUAGUUAGGAGUUGUGCGCCGGAAUCGCGCGCGUUCAUUUUGGUUAUUUUCCCGCCAACAUUUUUGACAUUAUAAUUUUUAAGUUCAGACUGGAAUAUAAGUUGUGUGGUUAAGUGACAAAUAUCUGUGAUUUUAUGAUAAGGAUUUUGACAAAGCAUCAUGAAUAAGAAAUCACAUAAGAAAAAGCAGAAGAAGCGUGGUAAGGGCGACGCGAGGAACAAGGAAAAUGUCUCCGAGGAGGAGCAGCAGGUCAGGCCGGAGGACGGGGCCGGAGCGGAGGCCGCGCCCGCGCCGCCCGCAGACAGUAAACUCUGCUACGAAGUCAAACACUCCGACGUGAUGGGGAGGUACCUCGUGGCGGCGCGUGACAUCCGAGCGGGCGAGGUGAUCAUCGAGGAGCCGGCGCUGGCCGUGGGCCCCUGCGCCGGCUGCGCGCUGGUCUGCCUCGGCUGCUACCGGGAGCUGGACGACUCCUCGCUGGCCAAAUGUCGCGGCUGCAAGUGGCCCAUGUGCUGCACAGCUUGCCCGGGGCAGGGCAAGUACACCGGCCACUCCAGCUACGAGUGCGACACCCUGAAGAACAUCCCACCGAACUACGAGGACCUGGAAGACUUGAGAGAUUGCUACCACGCACUCAUGCCGCUGAGAUGCCUUCUCCUAAAGAAGUUCGACGCCGCCAAAUGGUCGGCUCUGUCGGCGAUGGAGGCUCACAACGAGCUGCGGCGCGAGCGCGGCGACAUCUGGCCCAUGAACGAGCGGCUGGUGCUGCAGCGGCUCAAGAAGUGGCGGCUGGAGUUCGAUCCCGAGGAGGUGCACACUGUGUGCGGGAUCUUGGAGGUAAACGCCUUCGAAGUGGGAGGCAGCGGUGCCAACGCGCGAGCCCUGUACGACCGCGCCUACCUGCUGGCUCACGCUUGCACGCCAACCACCACGCACACUGACGCCGAGAGGAGGCCAGGCCGACCCCUGACGAUUCGAGCGUCAGUCCCGCACAAGAAGGGAGAAUUGUUGUCCUUGUGCUAUGCGUACACGUUACAGGGCACGCUGAAGCGGCGCGAGCACCUGCUGCACAGCAAGUUCUUCGAAUGCGCGUGCGCGCGGUGCGCCGACGCCAGCGAGCUGGGCACGAGCGCGAGCGCGUUCCGCUGCCCCGCGUGCGCCGGCCGCGUGCAGCCCACCGCGCCGCUGCGGCCCGCCGCGCCGUGGCGCUGCGACGCCUGCGGGUACACCAUGGUGGCUGAUGCGGUGCAGCUGCUGCUCAAGAGGCUGACGGACGAGUACGAGCAGAUCGACGGCAACGACGUGCCCGGCUUCGAGGGCUUCCUGCACAAGUACCGCAACGUGCUGCACCCCACGCACUACCUCUGCCUCUCGGCGCUACACUCGCUCAGUCAGCUCUACGGGAAGGUUACUGAUUACAUGAUCCACGAGAUGCCAGAAUCUGAACUGAACAGGAAGAUACAAAUAUGCAGGGAUUUGAUGAAGGUCUUCGAUGUGAUCGAGCCAGGCUACUCGCGCCUCAGAGGGGUGACGCUGUACGAGCUUCACGCGCCCCUGAUGAUCCUCACCACACGAGACUUCGAGAGAAAAGCUAUCACCAAAGAAAAUCUUCGGAAUCGACUGAAAGAGAUCGUGGGCUACUUGACCGAGUCGGCUCUGAUCCUCGGUUUUGAACCAGAGAAGUCCUCCGAAGGCCUAAUGGCGGCGGCAGCCAGGGACGCGCUGAAGAAGAUCAAGACUUGGGAGCAAAUCAUCGGGAAAAUAGAAAUGCCCCCUAAAGGCGUAUGCGCAGUUUGCCUCUCACCAGCAGAACAGAAGUGUUCUGGCUGCCAGGAGGUGCACUACUGCACCAAAGAACACCAGAAGCAGCACUGGAAGGAGCACAAGGGGAACUGCAGCCCUUUGAGGGUCAAAGAGGAUGCACAGUUUGGGAGGUACCUGGAGGCGACCAGGGAGAUAAGAGCUGGUGAUAUUGUUAUGAAGGAGAAGCCACUAAUCACUGGGCCUGCACAGAUCACCCCACCAGUGUGCCUGGGCUGCUACAAGCUGCUGGAGGAAGGCAAAGUGGUUCCGUGCGACAAGUGCGGCUGGCCCUGCUGCUCCGAGGAGUGCACGCGCAAGGAGGAACACCUGCCCGAGUGUCACUACACUCAACAGAGGGGGGAGAAGGUCUCAAUCUCGACAUUCGGAGUACCGCACCCCAACUACCAGAGCAUCACAGUGCUCCGCUGCCUCUACCAGCGGGACCACGAUGAUAAGCUGUGGGCCAAGCUCCAAGCCCUGCAGUCCCACUGCGAGGACCGUCGAGGCACGGAGAAGUGGGACCACGACAGGAAGAUGGUCGCCGAGUUCAUUUGGAAGUUCUUCAAGCUGGAAGGGAAGUUCAAUGAGGAGGAGAUCAUGAAGUGCUGUGGGAUUUUGCAGAUCAACGGGCAUGAAGUGCCUUUGAUGGAGCCGGAGUACGUAGCAGUGUUCGACCGCAUCUCCAUGGCAGAGCACAGCUGCCGGGCCAACUGCAAUAAGAGCUUCACUUCUGAUGGACAAAUUAUCCUCUGCGCUGGAGUGAACAUCCCUUCCGGAUCACACGUCUCAGUGUGUUACACAGACCCCAUGUGGGGAACAGAGGCGCGCCGCCACCACCUCGCCGAUUCCAAGUUCUUCGAAUGCAGCUGCGAGAGAUGCGCAGACGCCACCGAGUUCGGGACUAACUACAGCGCCGUCAAGUGCAAGAAGAAAGAUUGUAAAGGCUACCUGCUCCCGAAAACGUUCAUUCUCCCCAUUCUGCACAAGACGAAGAACCCGGACCCUCAGACCAGGAACCUGGACGACAAGUUCUGGAUCUGCAGCAGCUGCAAGGACGAAGUCUCCGACGCCAUCAUCCAGCGGCUCCUGCAAGAUAUCGGCAAAGAACUCAGCGCGAUGCCCAAAGAAGACCCCGAUGCUUGCGAGAGAUUCAUCAGCCACUGCAGCAGCUACCUGCACCCGACGCACUACUACAUGACGGACGUGAGCCUGGCGCUCGCGCAGAUGAUCGGCCAGGACAGCGAGUUAGGGCUGGCGGGAGUAACCGAUGACAGACUGCUGCUCAAGACGCAGCUCUGCAAGAAGAUUGCUGACCUUCUAGAGACGCUUGCACCAGCGGAAACGCGUCUGCGAGGGUCCCUGCUCUUUGAGCUUCACGCCGCCAUAGCCGAGACUGGCAGACGAAGAUCCAUGGUCGAGGGACCACUGGCUUUGCUUGGUCAUGUUACGGAAUCCCGCAAGAUCCUGGUGGAGUCAGCAUCGCUCCUGCGUCACGAGCCACCCGAGCUACCCGAGGGCCGGCUGUCGCAGCAGGCGCGCGUCAACCUGGUGCAGAUGGACGAGCUCAUCCGCAGCCUGUCGGCCACCCUGCCCGCGCCAAUGUGAAUAAAUUGUACUAGCUAUUCGG